GAAGAUCCGUGACGGAUGUGUCUGCGGAACGACCAUGCCGGGAUUGUACGGGGACGCUUUCGAGGCAUUCCUAGGGAUUCCGUACGCUAAGCCACCCAUGAAUGAGCUGAGAUUUGCGAACCCCGUCCGGAACGAUCCCUGGCGAGGGAUCUACAACGCAAGCUUUCCACGAGACAUGUGCAUCCAGAUGAAUGACUUCGCCCCGCGUCCGUUUGUGCAAGGUGUCGAGGAUUGUCUCUACUUGAACGUGUACAGACCCAAGACCCUUAGGAACACCCUCCCGGUGAUGGUCUUCAUCCACGGAGGUGGAUACCUCGCCGGAUCAUCCCAUCCUGACCAAUUCGGCCCAGAGCGCUUCAUGGAUACGCGCCAGGUCAUCCUGGUAACGUUCCAGUACCGCUUGGGAGCGUUCGGAUUCCUCUCGACCAACGACAUCGCCGCUCCCGGAAACUACGGCCUCAAAGAUCAAUCGUUGGCCCUCGGUUGGGUUCAGCGUAACAUCCGCGCGUUCGACGGAGCUCCGGACGAGGUAACACUGUUUGGGCAGAGCUCUGGUGGGAGUUCCGUUCAGCUGCACAUGAUGAGUCCGCUGAGUAAGGGAUUGUUCGGGCGGUUGAUCCGUUGAGCUUGAUAGAGCGCCAGGCGGAGGUCGCUGGAG